AUGGCGGAAGAGGAAGACUUUUCCUCCUUACCCAUAACUGACAGGUUCACACACAAGAAUUGGAAAGCGAGAAAAAGUGGCUACGAGGAAGCGGCCAAACAAUUCGAGAAGACUCCCGAUGAAUCAGACCCGGCAUUCCGGCCAUUUCUACAGGAUCCUUCGUUGUGGAAAGGGGCGGUCGCAGACUCCAACGUCGCAGCUCAACAAGAGGGACUUUCUGCUUAUUUUGAAAUGCUGAUGAGAAUCCCCAGAACACGAGGGGCUACGAUUGGAGCCAUUGUGGAAAAAGGCCUCCCUUCUACCCGUCCUGCUGCCAAGGCCAGCGCUCUCGAAGCCCUGCUGCUCUGUAUCGAGCUUGAGAAGGCAGAGCCCGUCAUUGAAGAACUCCUUCCUGCGCUAUCACACAAACAACCAAAGAUCAUCGCUGCAACCUUGGCUGCAUUGACGGCCAUAUACCAUAAUUAUGGCUGCAAGAUCGUCGACCCGAAACCGGUUCUAAAGGCUUUGCCCAAGGUCUUUGGACAUGCGGAUAAAAACGUCCGUUCGGAAGCACAAAACCUAACAGUCGAGCUCUACAGAUGGUUAAAGGAGGCGAUCAAGCCUCUUUUCUGGGGCGAAUUGAAGCCAGUCCAACAGCAAGAUCUCGACAAGCUAUUUGAAAAUGUGAAGCAGGAGGCGCCUCCCAAGCAGGAGAGGCUAACAAGGGCCCAGCAGGAGGCGAUGGCUGCUUCCUCUGCGGCCGCAGGGGAUGACGGCGGUGAAGACGAUGCUGGAGAGGAGUAUGGAGAAGAAGAUGGUGGUGAGGUCGAUGCCUUCGACCUGGCGGAGCCGGUUGACGUGAUGCCAAAAGUUCCGAAGGAUCUUCACGAGCAGUUGGCUUCGCCCAAGUGGAAGGACAGGAAAGAGGCUCUAGACGCGCUGUAUUCCGCGCUCAAUGUCCCCAGGAUUAAAGAGUCGCCAUUCGAUGAGAUCGUGAAAGCCCUCGCCAAGUGCAUGAAGGACGCGAACAUUGCCGUGGUGACUGUUGCCGCAAACUGCGUAGAUCUGCUGGGCAAAGGUCUCCGCAAGGGCUUCGGAAAGUAUCGGUCGCUGAUUAUGGCACCGAUCAUGGAACGUCUGAAGGAAAAGAAGCAAUCCGUUGCAGAUGCAUUGGGUCAGGCCUUGGAUUCGAUAUUUGCUUCCACAAGCCUGUCUGAAUGCUUGGAAGACAUCUUGGAAUUCCUGAAACAUAAGAAUCCCCAAGUCAAGCAGGAGACAUUGAAAUUCUUGAUUCGAUGCCUAAGGACGACGCGAGAGGUGCCCUCGAAGCCAGAAGUCAAAUCAAUAGCCGAAGCCGGCACUAAACUUCUGACGGAAUCCAGCGAGGUCACUCGUUCUGGGGGAGCCGAAAUUCUCGGUACUUUGAUGAAAAUUAUGGGAGAGCGUGCUAUGAAUCCGUAUCUCGAUGGCCUGGACGACAUUCGGAAGGCAAAGAUUAAGGAAUAUUUCGAGACGGCUGAAGUUAAGGCUAAGGAUCGACCAAAGCCCAUCGCACCCCCACCGAAAGCGGCUCCAGCAGCCAAAAAGGCUGCCCCUGCAGCGAAAAAACCAGCUUCUGGCAUGAAGAAACCAGCCCCCAGCGCGGCCGCCCCUCCUCCUCCUCCCGCAGAAGAAGAGCCAGCUGCAGCGCCAGCUGCAGCUCCUCCUCAACCGAAGCCUGCAGCGAAACCAGGUCUAUCAAAGCCUGGCGGUAUACCCAAGCCUGGUCUUGCUACUCCAGGCAGUGGUCUCAAACUUCAAAGAAAAAUUCCUGGACCUGGUGGUGCGGCGCCGUCACAGGGAUCUCCGCAACGCCGUGCCGCAUCGCCGCCACCUGAAUCGCCUCCACCUGCUGCUGCGCCUCCAAAGUUUGGCUUGGGCCGAGGACUUGCAGGACGCCCGAUAGGGAAACCGUCUGCGCCUGCUGAUCCAGCUCCGGCUCCGGCUCCGGCUCCAGAACCUGCACCGGCACCAGCACCAGCACCAGCACCAGCCUUAACUGGUCUCGCAGCUGUCGAACGUGCAGAGCUUGAAGAGCUUCGUCUCGAGAGAGAUCGUCUCACAAAGAUAAUUGAAGAGCUCAGGUCGGAGAAGACGAAGCUUACGUCUCAGAUUACUGAGCUCCAGAACCAGAAUGCCCAACUCAUCGAAGACCACACAAGGGAUGUCUUGAAUAUCAAGGCGAAAGAGACGCAACUGGUCCGGGCUCGCAGUGAUGCUGAGACUGCAGAACAGACUGUUCAGAAGCAGCAGCGCGAGAUCGAGCGUUUGAAACGCGAGCUAGCGAGAGCGGUCCGCGCCACUGCGAUCAGCCCACCGACCGUGAUGCCAGACGGCCUUAAUAUGGGCAUCACCGACACAGGCCCCUUGUCUCCAGAUGCGGCUACCUUCGGUAGCAAUGGGUCUGUAUCUCGCGCAGGGCUUCAUAUGGGAUCACGAUUUGAAAGCGCACGUCCCAGGAGUUACGUGUCUAGCCCAAGCGAGGAUAAAGAAAACAACGGUUUGGAAUCGCCAAGCCAUAGCAGCAGGGAUGGGAGCUUUGGAAGGAGGAAGCUCAGUCCUCCCGUCAGCUCGAAUUAUUCAGGGCGAGGAAGCCCCAGUAGGCCUGCUGGCCGUUAUGGUUCCGCCAGCAACCAAGACGAGCAGCAACCGAUAACCAGGUCGACCGAACCAGCCGAGAAUUGGAAGAGAGCAGCAGAAGUGACGAGUCAGCUCAAGGCCAGAAUUGAACAGAUGAAGGUUUGUACACCAUUUAACUCUUGGUACGAAUUCGGCGCUGUUUCGCCCUUUUCUGACGUUUAA